CAAUAACUCCGGCUUCAAGAUUCAGCAGCACUCGCUCACCCUAGUCCUUCUCUUUCGCGAUACGGAAAAUCGUGCCGAAAACGUCAAGAUGGUGAACAUUACAGAGAAAAUCAAGGAGAUUGAGGAUGAGAUGCGGAGGACGCAGAAGAAUAAGGCCACAGAAUACCAUCUUGGCUUACUCAAAGGCAAACUUGCCCGUCUUCGCGCCCAACUCCUCGAACCCGGCCCAGGUGCCGGCGGUGGUGGAGGAACCGGCUUCGAUGUCUCCAAGUCUGGCGACGCACGCGUAGCACUAGUUGGUUUCCCAUCUGUUGGAAAAUCCACCUUCUUGUCCAGGAUCACAAAAACCAAAUCUGAAGCAGCUGCCUAUUCUUUCACCACGCUUACAGCCAUCCCCGGUGUGCUCGAGUAUGCUGGUGCUGAGAUCCAGAUCCUCGAUUUGCCGGGUAUUAUCGAGGGUGCUGCGGAGGGUAAGGGAAGAGGACGACAAGUCAUUUCUGCAGCAAAGACGAGUGAUUUGAUCUGCAUGAUCUUGGAUGCGACGAAGAAGGCGGAGCAGAGGAGGUUGCUUGAGCAGGAGUUGGAGGCUGUAGGGAUUCGGUUGAAUCGGGAACCACCGAACAUCUACCUCAAGCCCAAAAAAGCUGGUGGUAUGAAGAUCAACUUUCAAACGCCACCCAAGUAUCUAGACGAGAAGAUGCUUUACAACAUCCUGAAAGACUACAAAAUGCUUAACUGCGAGGUCCUGAUCCGCGACGAGAAUGCUACGGUUGAUGACUUCAUUGAUGUGAUCAUGAAAGACCACCGAAAGUAUAUCAAGUGCCUCUACAUCUACAACAAAAUCGACAGCAUCGGGCUACCCCAUCUGGACGAACUCGCUCGUGAGCCACACACUGUCGUUAUGUCCUGCGAGCUUGAUCUCGGUAUCCAAGAUGUCGUGGAAAGAGUCUGGGAGGAAUUGCGCCUCAUCCGUGUCUACACGAAGAGAAAAGGCGAUGAUCCCAAGUUCGAUGAAGCCCUGAUUGUUAGGACCGGAAGCACGAUUGAAGAUGUGUGCGAUCAGGUCCAUCGAACGCUGAAAGACACGUUCAAGUAUGCGUUGGUGUGGGGUGCGAGUGCAAGACAUGUGCCGCAGAGAGUGGGGCUGGGACAUGCUGUCGCGGAUGAGGAUGUGGUAAGUAUCGUUGCGAAGUAAAACGUUGAGAUCGAAGAGGCGUCCGAGUAUGGGAGGUACGGACAGUAAACAAAAUACCAAUGAAGGGUAAAGGGUUGGAGUAGGUCGCUACCUCAAGUUUUGAGCUUGUAUGAGAAUGAUACUUGGGACAUGUCUCACAUACACCGCAAUCCCAGGCGAGAGCUCAGGAUUCCACAUUAGAUGAGACGAGCACGUUAGAUCUCUGAUUUACACGUCAACAAGCUGGCAUUCACUGUCACUGACUGAGCGUCGUUUACCCGCCAGCGCAC